ACAGAGAGUGAGAAGGUGAUUGUCACCUGAGGCACCUGGGCGUUUAAUCAGCGGGAAGAGGACCUGAAACGGUGUCUGAGCAAAAAGAGGAGGAACAUGCCACUUAUGAAGGUCGAGACGGACAACCUGUCGGUGGGUGAGUUUGUGGUGGCAGUGUUGAUGCCUGGCUCGAUCGUACGUCUUGGCGUCAGCAGUCGCUGGGCUUGCACGAACAUUAUGAAAUCUGUCACAUCGGGUCGUUGCCUCGACCCAGGCUGCGUCUCCAGGCAGUGAUACAAAAUGUAGUAAGAGUCUCUCUCGAUGUCGUAGGCCAGCCUCGGACUCUGGCAGCGUGUCAGUUUG